AUGGUGGAACCAUCAACUCGGAGCGAAUCGAAUCGUCAUCCCAAGUCCGCCCGCCCGUAUCGGUCAAAACGACGCCCUCCGUGUGACCAGUGCCGUCGCAAGAAGCUACGAUGCGAAGCCCAGGGAGAUAAACCGUGUCAAAGAUGCGAGGCUGCCUCUUCGGAGUGUAGUUUCAAUCUAGUUCUGCCUCGUCGAUCUGCAGUGCCGGAACUGAGACCGUCACCGGUAUCUCAGGGAACCGCACCCGUCUUGGCCGAUUCCAUCAACAUACCUAUCGAGAACCCAAAUAAUACUACGACUUUCACCGAUGCCUCGAACUUCUCAAAUAUAGAGCCGGAUAUUCAGCCGGGUUUGAAUACGACAUCCGUCGACGAAUUCUUUCUUCCUUCCCAGCCCGAAUAUCAUCUCCCGGAAAGGCCAACGCCGCAAGCUAUUCAAACGUUAGACCAGCUGAAGGGAUUCUCAUCACAGGUCAUCGGGGCAUCAGGGGAAUCAGAUCCCUGGCUACUACGUCACUGCAAGUUUGAUGACCGCGGAUUCCUACUCUUCCAUCAGGUUCACUUUCGUAAUGCUGGUGGAGUCCCACUCGAGGAAAAGAUUCCAGUCCACUUCCUGGUUACAGCAGACCAACUAUAUGAACAAUCAAAAGAUGAAACCAAAUUUGCAUCAAGAGAUCAGGCUCGUGAGGAAUUGAAUGCUCUCGUUUCUUUGGAUUGCGGCCAAAGACUAGUAUCGCUGUUCAUAAAAUUCAUUUUUCCAGAUUUACCGAUCAUAUCGCGUUCUCAAUACGGACUGUCACCGUCCCAAUCCAUCCCAGAGCAACAAAUCCUACAAACAAUACCAGUCCACCUCCUCGCAGCAAUCUACGCCUCAGCCCAACCAUUCGCCAAAUUCGACGAGUACCUCUGCGUCAUGAACGCCUACUCCGCCCCGUCCACAGACCGACUCUGGCGCCUUGUCUUGGAGCUUUUGUUCGAGGAGUUACAUACCCCCCACCUAGCCACGCUGCAAGCGGGACUUCUAUACCUCCACAAACCAAGCGAAGGCAAGAAAAGUGCCGUGGCAGAUAGUUCCUUUGUCUGGUCCUUCGUCGGUCUACUAGUCGGCCUCGCCACUUCGCUCGGCCUCACGCUAGAAUGCAAACCCAUGGGUCUCCCAGCCUGGGAGCGCCGUCUACGCCGGCGAUUAUGGUGGGUCGUCUAUGCGGAGGAUAAAUGGCGCAGUCUGAUGAUGGGCCGGCCGCCAUAUAUUCGAGAAGACGAGUGGGACGUGACGGAUCUCGACGACGACGAUUUCCGAAUCGAUCAGAUGCACAUUGACUUUUUGCUGUCGUCGAGUGACGAGUCACGGCGUGAUGUGGUGCAUGUGAGGCAGUUUCAGCAUUUCGCGCGGUUAUCGAGGAUAGCGGAUGAGGUGCAGGUUCGAUUGUUCUCCCUUCGCGCUUCGCAGCGACUGUCGUCGAAUUUCGACGCAUCUCUCGAUACGGCUCGGGGUCUACUUCAGAAAUUGAAAGAGUGGUAUGCGCUUCUGCCGCCGCAGCUUAGACUGCAGAAUAGACUGUUUGCGACGAUUGAUCGGAGUGGACCGCGGUCUCAUUGCCUUCAUUUUUCGUACCUUUUGCUGGAAGUCUUUAUCUUUCGCUCGUUGCUUCGACCGAUGGUUCGGUCUGCUGCGCCGCCGCGACUAUUCGAGGAAGAUGAGGAGCCGAUCACAUUCACGAAUAUGGUUGAUGAUUACAUCACUCAGAUCAUUGAGGCGAGUGAAGUCGAGCCUGUGCCUGCAAUUGACAUGUCCGAUGAGCAUGGCGCCGGAAAUGCAGUGCUCAAGGCGGCCGAGAAUUGCGCGGCGACGAUGCUGCGGUCCGUGAUGAGAAUGGCAUGUAGUGAUUUAGCGGGAUUCUGGUACUCAUGGUCACGGGUAGGCUUUGCCACUGUCUCUAGCUUCAUGAUGCUCUUGAUUGUGCAGGCGCCAUCUAAGGAGCACGCGCUACGAGCUCGGAGAUUGGUGUAUAUGUGGCGACAAGCAUUACGAGGCCAGAGCCAAGGCUGCGAAGUGUUGAAUCUCGCGCUUGUUCGGCUCGACGGUCCACACUGGGCCGGGCUGGCGCGGAACUUUUUCCUUCCUAAGCAUGUCAAGGAGGCUCUUGAGUGUACGAUUGACCAAUCAUGA